GGGGCUUGGGGCCCACAGUCUGGGUUUCUGAGAAAGCCAAGUGGGAACCCUAACAGCAUUCUGUGGGAUCCCCCAGGAAGGACCUGAGGCCUGAGCCGACCUCUUCUCUAGCCUGCCUGCCCCCCCAGGACUGGGCAGCUGCCAGAGGCCCUGGGGGGGGCCCAGCACUGUGGUCGUGGCCCCCCCCACUGCAGGAUGGGUCCCACUUAGUGAGCCUGGCCUCACCCUGCAUCCUCCAGGCCCUGAGGGACCCCUGGGGGCUCUCAAGCCUUGACCUCUGCCUGGCCACCAUGGAGACGAAGCUGCCCCCUGCGAGCACCCCCACCAGCCCCUCAUCCCCAGGGCUGUCGCCUGUGCCCCCUCCGGACAAGGUGGACGGUUUCUCCCGGCGCUCCCUGCGCAGGGCCCGGCCCCGGCGCUCCCACAGCUCCUCACAGUUCCGAUAUCAGAGCAACCAGCAAGAGCUGACACCGCUGCCCCUGCUCAAAGAUGUGCCAGCCUCGGAGCUGCAUGAACUGCUGAGCCGCAAGCUGGCCCAGUGCGGGGUGGUGUUUGACUUCCUGGACUGCGUGGCUGACCUGAAGGGGAAGGAGGUGAAGCGGGCGGCCCUCAAUGAGCUGGUGGAGUGUGUGGGGAGCACACGGGGUGUCCUCAUUGAGCCUGUGUACCCAGACAUCAUCCGCAUGAUCUCAGUGAACAUCUUCCGGACCUUGCCGCCCAGUGAGAACCCUGAGUUUGAUCCCGAAGAGGAUGAGCCCAACCUUGAGCCUUCGUGGCCACACCUGCAGCUGGUCUAUGAGUUCUUCCUGCGUUUCUUGGAGAGUCCCGAUUUCCAGCCCUCCGUGGCCAAGAGAUACGUGGAUCAGAAGUUUGUCCUGAUGCUCCUGGAGCUGUUUGAUAGUGAGGACCCCCGGGAGCGCGAGUACCUCAAGACCAUCCUGCACCGGGUCUAUGGCAAAUUUCUGGGGCUGCGGGCCUACAUCCGCAAGCAGUGUAACCACAUCUUCCUUCGGUUCAUCUAUGAGCUCGAGCACUUCAAUGGCGUGGCCGAGCUGCUGGAGAUUCUGGGAAGUAUCAUCAACGGAUUUGCGUUGCCACUGAAGACCGAGCACAAGCAGUUCCUGGUCCGCGUCCUGAUCCCCCUGCACUCCGUCAAGUCACUGUCUGUCUUUCAUGCCCAGCUGGCCUACUGUGUGGUUCAGUUCCUGGAGAAGGAUGCCACCCUGACAGAGCAUGUGAUCCGGGGGCUGCUCAAGUACUGGCCCAAAACCUGCACCCAGAAGGAGGUGAUGUUUCUGGGGGAGAUGGAAGAGAUUCUUGACGUAAUUGAGCCCUCCCAGUUCGUGAAGAUCCAGGAGCCCCUCUUCAAGCAGGUGGCUCGCUGUGUCUCCAGCCCCCAUUUCCAGGUUGCAGAGCGGGCUCUGUACUUCUGGAACAACGAGUAUAUCCUGAGCCUCAUUGAGGACAACUGCCACACUGUGCUGCCUGCUGUGUUUGGGACCCUCUACCAGGUGUCCAAGGAGCACUGGAAUCAAACCAUCGUCUCCCUAAUCUACAAUGUGCUCAAGACCUUCAUGGAGAUGAAUGGGAAGCUGUUUGAUGAGCUCACCGCCUCCUACAAGCUGGAGAAGCAGCAGGAACAGCAGAAGGCCCGGGAACGUCAGGAACUGUGGCAAGGGCUGGAGGAGCUACGGCUGCGCCGGCUACAGGGAACCCAAGGCGCCAGGGAGGCUGCUCUCCAGCGGCUUGCACCCCAGGUGGCCGCCAGUGGGGGACAGAGCUAG